AUGGUAAUAUCGUUUAUUUUAUAUGUUGGAUUCUGUGUAGCACUACUUGGUAUCGUUCCUUAUAAUCAGUUAAAUGUAUUCGAUCCAUUAUCAGUUGCAACAGAAAAACGCGGAAUGAAAUGGUUACAAAUUACUGUACAUUUAGCUGCAAUUGCUGGUUUAACAUCUGUUAUACUCAUUAAUUUGAUGGCACAGCCAAGAAUAUUAUAUACAAUGGCAAAUGACGGGUUAAUACCAGAAAUUUUUGCUAAAAUUUAUGAAGAAAAAAAUGACGAUAAGAAAGACAGAGAAGGUGGAAAAAACGAAGAUGAGGAAAAGAAAAGAACUGGCCGACGUACACCUCAUGUAGCGACAAUAUUUACAGGGGUUAUUUGUGCUAUAGCUGCCGGUUUAUUAUCACUUGAUUUUUUAAGCGAAUUAGCAUCAUUGGAGACAUUGUUUCCAUAUCUUUUUGUUCAUUUUGCACGUUUAGCAAGUGUUUAUAUUUGUCAAAAACAAUAUGAUUCUGCAUUGGGAAAUUAUGAACAAGCAAUCGAUUUAUAUUAA